UGCAACAAAUGGCUCUUUUCCUACUUUACAGCAAGCAAGAUGGCUCUUAAAGAAAAUGUCUCUGAAUAUCAAGCAAAACUGAUAAAGAAAAUCAUGCUUAUGUUUGGCUGCAUCCUGGUAUUAUUCGUUGAUGGGACAGAAGUUAGAGAGAUUGAUUUGUCAGGUUGUUCCCAUGUAAAACCUCAAGCAUGGUAUCGUGCGAUUAGUCAUGAGGAGUUUGUUUUACCUUGUGCUUUACCAGUCAAAGACGCUACCCACAUUUUUAAUCAGUCUCUUCUAAAACAACACGAGACAAAAUGGUUCUGGCAUCAGAAAGACAGAGAGCCACUGCAAGCUAUUACUGAGAACAGCCCUAACCUUAUUCUGAAAGGGAAUGUUCUCUGGUUUAAUCCAAUAGGGAUUAGUGCUUCUGGAAUCUACAUCUGUAUGAUACGGGGAAAAAUCCCAUGCCUCAAAAUGAUUCUGGAGGUUCAAACAAAGAGUGAGGCAAACUGUACAGAUUAUGGCACGAAUACACUGCAUCUUCUUGCUGGCAGUGGGAAUUCAAUAGUUUGCCCGGGGACAAAAUGUUACAGCCCUAUAAAAAAUCCAGAUGUAAAAUGGUACAAGGAUGGACGUAAAGUGAUGUUUCAAAACCAGAGACCAAGUCUAAAAUUUAACCACAAUGAAAUCUGCUUGAUUUCAACCUAUGACAAGGAUGCUGGAACGUAUGUGUGUGAUUACACUCUAGUUGACAACAAUACUGAAUGGACAGUGCGAACCAUAGUUACGGUAGAAGUUAUUGCAAAAAACACUAUCCAUCCACCAUACUUCUUGUAUCCCAGUGCUGUGAUGAUUCUUGAAGCAGAGCUCGGAGAGCCACUUGAAUUGAAAUGUGUUGUACAGUUUGGGUUUGAAAGAGGUUCUCUGCAGAAGGUAACAUGGAAAAGAGACAACGAAGAAAAUACAAACGAGAAAUUGGAACAGGAAACAAGUAUUCAUCCAAAUGGUUUAAAGGGCAGCAUACUUCAUCAUGUUGCUAAACUGAAAGAAGUUACUGAGAGAGACCUGAAGAGCAACUUCACGUGUUUUGCUCAGAAUGCUGUGGGGAACUCUACAGCUGUGAUCAGGCUAAAAAGAAAACAAGGAGUGUUUCUCUUAUAUGUGCUAUGCAGUGCUAUUUCAGCUCUAUUUGCAUUUCUUGUGUGCGUUGCCUUCGUUUACCAACACUGGAUUGAAAUAGUACUGAUAUACCGAAGUUAUCUGGUGAAGAACGAAACUGCAGAAGAUGGCAAAGAAUUUGAUGCAUUUGUGUCUUAUGCAAAACUAGACUGUUCUGAAAGUGAGUCUACAUUAAUUAGUGAGGAAGAAUUUGCCCUGGAACUGCUUCCAGACAUUCUGGAAAACAAAUACGGAUACAAGUUAUGCCUUCUUGAAAGAGAUAUUCUUCCAGGAGGAGCAUACACAGAUGACGUCGUAACAGCCAUUAGACAAAGUAGGCGAGUAAUAAUUAUUCUGAGUCCUGCCUACAUCAGUGGACCAAGCAUCUUUGAACUGCAGGCAGCAGUAAACUGUGCACUAGAAGACAAGAAAAUCAAACUACUUUUAGUAAAAUUCCAGGCUUUCCAAGAGCCAGAGACUUUACCUCCAGUAGUGAAGAAGGCUUUACGGAUUUUACCAGUCAUUACCUGGAAGUCUUCUAUUUCUGCAUCUCCAGACAAAAAGUUCUGGAAAUAUAUGCGAUAUCACAUGCCAGUGAAAGCUACUAAGAUGUUUGGAAAUUACAGCCUCAAGGGUUUUUUCCAAAGGUUACUUGGCCUGGCUUAUCAAUAA